AUGUCCACCACCUACCUCAUCUCCGGCACGACACGCGGCAUUGGCCGUGGCCUCGUCUCUGCACUUCUACUUCGACCCAACACCCUCGUCUUUGCUGGAGUCCGUGACCCCAGCGCGAAAGCUGCCCAAGACCUCCUCUCUCUACCCAAAGCACCCGACAGCUCCGUCUUCCUCAUCAAGCUCGACUCAUCAAGCGAAAGUGACGCAGCCCAAGCCAUCCAAACCCUCCAACAAGAGCACAACAUCACCCACCUCGACGUCGUCAUCGCCAACGCCGGCAUCCUCACCACCGCCGCCCCCUGCCGCGAAGUCACCCUCGACUCCCUCCGCUCCCACUUUGAAAUCAACACUCUCGGCCCCAUCAUCCUCUUCCAAGCCUGCCUCUCCCUCCUUCAGAAAUCCUCCAACCCCAAAUUCGUCCUUACCACCUCUGCCGUCGCCUCCUGCACCAUCGCCCCCUCUCUUCCCGCCCCUGUCGUCGCUUAUGCAGUCAGCAAAGUUGCAGCGAACUGGUUUGUCAGCAGAGCGCAGGGAGAGCAUCCCGAGAUUUGCUUUUUGCCGAUUCAUCCGGGACUCGUGGUGACGGAUAUGUCGAGUUCAUUUAUGGAACAUGCGGCUGAACCGGGAUCGGGAGAUGAUUUCUUGCGUGCCAUUAGUGUCGAGGAGUGUGUCAAGGGGUAUUUGCAGGUGGUGGACAAGGCGACCAAGGAGAAGGAUGGAGGGAAAUUUGUGCAGUGGGAUGGGGAGGGGUUGCCGUGGUAG